UCGAACCAGAGCUCGGUCAAUGUGGUGCAGUAUGACCCGGAGUCCAAACCCAAGCGCUUGGGGAGACCAAGAAACAAAUUGAACUUAUCAACAGAUUCAAAUACGUCGAGUGAAAAUUUGGACAAGGCAGUGAUGUCUAAAUUUAGAUUUGAUCAAUUGCCGGUGGAAGGACCAGGAUCAAGAGGUGGGAAUAUUGAUAAGAAAAGAAUCCCGAGGGGCAAGCUUCUCGAUGGGAAAAAGAAGAAACAACAAUCUUUAUUAAAUUUUGUCAAAGAUGAUGAAAAUAAACAACAGAAACAAAUAACAAAUGAUAAUUUACAAAAAAUCAAAUUAACAAAAAAUAAAGUAACCCCGACUUCAGUAUCAAGAACCUCGGUUCUCAGUAAAGGCUCAAAAGGGUCUCGUCAAUUACCCGGUCCUCUCAUUCACUUAUCCUAUGACCUUUACGAUGAUAACUUAUUGAAUGAACAUGAAGACGUAUCGAAAGAGAAAUUGAGUCUUGGAUACCCAAUCAAACCAAACCCUUAUGCUAAUGACAUUGUUUAUAUCAUCAGUUUCCUUAAUAAGUUUCAAAAAAUCUUGAAAAUUGACCCCAUCAGUCCUCAUGAUAUCGAAAAUGGGUUGAGUCUACCACAACAACAGUUUACAUCUAAUAGAAUUAAAUAUAAUCCAAAAGAAUCAGAAACAAUGGCUUUUGACUCCAGCUACGUAUCUCCAUUAGUGAACUCUUUAUUUUAUGAUUUACUUACAGUAGUAUUGAAUAAAAAGAAAAAAAUCCACGAUAAUAACUUAUCAAAAUCAAUAAUUGAGUUAAAAUCGCUAAUUAAUUAUCUAGGAUUGCCAAAAGAAUGGAGAGAUGAUUCACAAAUUUUGGUUAAAGAAAAAUUUGUAAAUGAUAAUCAACCGGUUGAUCCAAAUAUGACUGAUAUUUUGAUAAAUGAAAAAAUUAAUUAUAAUUCUCCAGAACCAAUCGAAAACCCAUUCAUGUCGAAAGAAUUCGAAGCAAACGGAUUAGAAAGUAUCUCCAAUCCAAAAGACCGUUUGAUAUUACUAAGAUGUUUAUGCCAAUGGUCUUUGAUCAUUUCGAAUGAUAUCAAAAAUUAUAUAACGUCAAGUUUACAAAACCAAGAUAUGUCGGGUGAUAAGGAAACUUUUUAUGGUUCACGAUCAAUUUUGAAAGGAUUCAUACCAACAGAAAGCUUGAAAAAGGAAAUUGAUUCGAAGUUGAAAAAGAGGAAAAAUUUAAACAACCUUGAAAUUAAUAAAUAUUUAAAUCCAGUUUCAAAUCCUUUGGAUCAUAGUAUGAACUUAAGAUUGGAUGAAUUGUGUAUUGCUGAUGUUGGUUUCCAUAUCGGUAGAUUUUUUCUAGUAAGAAUGUCAAAUGAGAAUAAUGGUGGUUUAAACUCAGUAGAUAAACUAAACUAUAUUUGGUCAAAUAAAUCAAAUGAGUAUGUUGAACUUCCUUCAAAAUUUAAACUUUUCGUUCAAGAUAUUCACUCAAUGUUAACUGAUUCAUUAGAUAAAUAUGGUAUCGAAUUUGAUGAAGAUGGUAAUGAAUUACCCAGCGAAGCCAAGGCCAAUAAUAUCUACUGGUAUGAAGUAGCUUCAAAUAUUGAUGAAUUAAGUGAUUUCAUUCAUUUUCUAGAGAAAAAAUUGGGGGUUAAUGACCCGGAAGGUGAUGAAAUUUCGAAAAAUUCGAUCAUUUAUAAACCAGUGAAAAAUUUAUAUAAUUAUUUAUCAUCAAGUUUUGAAUUGAUUGCAAAACAAGAAGAAUUAAGAACUUUUGAUGGUAAAACCAGAUCUUCAAGGAAAAAAAAUAUAAAUUAUAGUGAUGUUGAUUCAAGUAAUCAUUUCAAAAAAUUAAUCGACCCUAAUGAAGAUGCCAAUGAAGACAAUGAUAUACCACAGAUUGAUAACGACGAUAACGAAGACUAUGAAGAACUUGAAGAAUUUGACAAUGACGACGGUGAAGAUGACGACUAUUCUGAA